AGCCGCUUUUAUUGGACAGACCAGCAGGUUUAGCUUGUUAGAUUUCACACAUCGACAUGGCUUUCUCUUACAGCAGUCCAGCUGGUUUGUUUUGGGUUAAACUGGUGGUUUUAUUUGGCUUGUUGACGCUUGGAAGAGCCUCAGAAAAUGCCAAAACCGUGGAGUUUAACGUGAAACCCGGAGGUGUGGUGCAUUCAUUCACUGAGAAAAUUAGUGAUUACGAGUGCACCUUCACCUACGCUUCUCAAGGAGGUACCAAUGAGCAAUGGCAGAUGAGUGUAGGUCUGAGUGAUGAUGACAGGCUCUUCUCUUGCUCAGUUUGGAGGCCCCAGGGAAAAUCCUACUUGUUUUUCACGCAGUUCAAAGCCGAGAUUAAAGGAGCCAAGAUCGAGUACGCCAGCGCUUACUCUCAGUCGGCUGUAGGGGGGCAGAGGGACGUCGCUCUGAAGGAGGAGGAGUUCGUCAUCGGUGAUACUACAGUGACCCACAAGGAUGGUAAAUUCCGCUCCGAACUUUCCAAGCUUACCAUCAUCGGUAGGACGCGCCACGACGAGCUCUGAUCGGUCCCCCCUGAGACUCCUCUAUAAGCAAGGAGAAACCACGGGCAAGACUGUCAGGUUCUGACCGUUUCAUCUGUACGUUCUGAACUGUUUCCUUGAAGGACGAAGCAGCUGAAGAAAAUAUUAUAGACGCUUCCGUUCCUGGAUUCCUCCGCAGUACGACUUCUGACGCCAUCGGACUAUAUCUGCAGGGAAUAAAAAACAAGAAGCGUUACUGUUUAUUAUCAGAUCUACACGUGUAUGUUUGCUUCUGAUUCUGUUAUCCUGGUUCUAAUGAGAGAGAAGAUUUUAAUAAAUACGUUUGUCUGGGUAUCACAGA